AUGGCGCCCAAGAAGAAGCGCGGGCCCGGCGCGGGGCGGCGGCCGGGCGCGGCGGGAGACGGCGCCGAGCCGCGGCUGUCGGAGCGCGGGCAGUACCUGCAGCGCGAGCACGGGCUGCUGUCGGAGCAGCUGCGCGCCUGCGAGGCGCGCGUGGACCAGGUGCUGCGGGAGAACGCGGGCCUGGACCGCGAGGCCGCGCGCCUGCGCGAGGAGAACCGGCUCUACGCCAGCUACGUGAGCGCGCGCGCGCAGCGCUGCGCCCGGGCCGUCGUGCGGCUGGACGAGCAGAACCGCGUGGACCUGACGCAGAUCCACUGGCAGCGGGCCGAGCUGGCCUCGCUGUACCGCGGGCGCGAGGACGGCGUGCGCGCGCAGCUGCUGGACAUGGAGGCGCGCGCGGCGCGGAUGGCGCGCCAGGUGCAGGAGCUGCGGCCCUACAAGGAGCUGCAGCUGGAGCAGUUGGCGCGGAUCCGCGCGCUGGAGCGCGAGCUGCUGCACAUGCGCGUGGAGCACACGCAGCUGCUGCACCGCGUCAAGGGCCGCUUCCUGGAGGACAAGGCGGCCUUCGAGCGCGAGGCGCGGCAGCGGGUGCAGUCCCUGGCGCGGCGCGCGGAGCGGGAGGCGGCGCGCGCGCUCGUCCUGCACACGCAGGCCGUCCGGGCUGACAACGCGCGCCUGCGGCGGGAGCUCCUGCGGCUCCUGCGCUGGGCCCAGCUGCUGCACGACACGCGGCGCCGGCUCCUGGAGCAGCGGGAGCAGCUGCGGCGCGAGCACGAGGACACCCGGGACCUGGCGCGGGUGCAUGGCUGGCUGCGCCGCGGCCGCGACGGACCGCCGCUGUGGCAGCCGCCGCCGCCGCCCGCCUCGCGCCCCGGGUCCUUCGCCCCCUCCACAGCGCCAUCGAGCGUGGCUCCUCGGGCCCCGUCGCGCGCGGGCCCCAGGAUCCCAUCGCAGGCCCCGUCGAAGGCCGGUUCCCGAGUUCCAUCCCAGCACUCAUCGCGCGCGGGCUCCCGGGUCGCGUCCCUGAUCCCGCCGCACCGGGGCUCCCGGGACCCGUCCUUGACCCCGUCCCGCCCGGGCUCCCGGGUCGCGUCCCUGAUCCCGCCGCACCGGGGCUCCCGGGACCCGUCCUUGACCGUGUCGCGCCCGGGCUCCCAGGUCUCUUCGAGGUUCUCCUUACCUGGGCCCGCACACAGCACGACUCCCUCCGCUCAGCCUGUCCCGGGCCCAGGCUCUUCCCGUCCCGCGGUCGAGGGAGACGGCGGGCGCUGACGCCGCGGCGGAAGGCGAGUGCGGGCGAGCGGGCUCGGACGGCGGGCGCGGGCGGGGCAGGUGAGCGCGCGGCGCCCGCGGACUGCGUGACCGUGAACGCGGUGUUAAUAAAGGUGUGACCGGCCCUCCUGGUCUGGCGCCGCUGGGACCACUCACUCUGGCUUCCAGUUCCCUAACUGCGCGGUGGCCUGAUGCGUUCCUCUCCUCCUCCGCCGGCCCCAGCUGCCCCGCAAGUGGGCCACACCGGUAUCCUCCGCCGGCGCUGGCAGAGACGGACGUCGCCCGCACGGACAGAGGCUGCCAGAGCAGGAAAGGAGGCCAGCAGGGAGGAGCUGGGCGACCACGGGGUGUAGCCCGGAGGGCCAGCGUGCGAUGACCUGCGGUCAGGACAGCCACUGGGGCGGGGGCGGGGGAGAGUGGGGCUGCCACCAAGGGCCACGGGAGGAGUAAUUUUUAAUAUAAUUUCCAACAGAGAAAAGUUGCUGAGUACAGAGAACUCCCGUUUACCGAGAUUCCGUCCCCAGAUCUGUCUGCAUUUUUCCCUGAACCACUUGAGAUUCGGUUCAUUAUGCCCCUUCAGUUAAAGGAUUUAAAAAUCCUUAGUGUUCCUGAGCACAAGAAUGUUCUACCUCACCCCGGUACGAUGACCCAAAUCUGAAAAUUUAGUACAGAGAAAACCGUAUUCGCUAAGCCCCAGCUCCUACGAAAAUGUCGGCUGUCCAGCUCUCCGGGGUGCACGGGGAUGGCCUUCAGCUCUCCCGCCGUGUGCCCAGGCUGGCCAGUGGGAUGCCCCUCGGUUGUGGCUGUGGGAGGUCCAGCAGCUCCUGGGGGAGGCCAGGUCCCGCAUACGGUCAGUACUGACCCAAGGGCUGGGGACUUCAUCCUGACCACUGAGGGAAGGUUCUUACAAAUCCGGGGUCUUUGGUUGCACCCUGGGGCCAGCGCCUGCUAGGCCCAAGCAGGAGGUGGUUGCGGCCUGGGUACUCCAGGUGCCUGGGAGGGCAGGACUGGGGGAGCCUUGGGGACUCGCCGGGGCAGCUGCCCCCGCUGUGGCAGGGGUCCGAGCAGCAGGUCCUGAUGGCCCGGUCAGCCUUAAAAUAAAACUGCCAGUUACUCUACAGAAACAGGUUUGUUCAGCAUCAAAGACCGAGACCAGCUGUGGGGACACAGUUUCAGAGAAGGAAGGGGGCGCUGGCGGGCUGCUG